CAGGGGUCUGUGUCAUUCGAAGAUGUGGUUGUCGAAUUUACCCAGGACGAAUGGCAGUACAUGAGCCCUGCUCAGAGGACACUGUACAGAGAUGUGAUGCUGGAGAACUAUAGCCACCUCAUCUCAGUGGGGUAUUGCUUGACCAAACCCAAGAUGAUCUUCAGGUUGGAGCAAGAAGAAGAGCCCUGGUCCUUAGAGGAAGAAUUCCUAAACCAGAGGUACCCAGGAUAUUUCAGCAUUGAUAUUCACAUUGAGGGGAACCAGGAAAAACAAGAGAAACCUCUGUGGCAAGUAAUAUUCACUAAUAACAAAACAUUGAGUAAGGAAGAGCAGAAAGUCUUAGAAAAACCGUUUAAUCUGGAUAUAACUCCAAAUUCUGCAGGAAAUAUGCCUUGUAAAUAUGACUCAUGUAGAAUGAAUUUGCCAGUUGUUUCUGAAUUAAUUAUUUGUGAUAGAAACUAUUCAAGAAAGAAGGCUGAUUACAUGGAUGUAUGCAAAAAAUUGAAGCUUGAUACUAAGCAUGAGAAAACUUACACUGGAGAGAAGUCUUACAGAUAUAAUAAAAAUGUAAAACCUCUCAGUUAUUGGAAAAAUCAUCAGAAACUUCAAACCCUGGAACAAUCUUUUGAAUGUAAUGAAUUUGGGAAAAUUUUACAUGAUAAGACUAUUUGUGUUAUAGGAGAGGAAUCCUAUAAGGGUGAUGAAUUUAGGAAAAACUGUGAUAACUACAUGAGAACUGGCACAAAAGAGAAAUGCUUUCAUCUUAAUGAAUGUAGGAAAUCCAAAACCACUAUUGAGAAUUACAAUAAAGUUCACAUGGCUGUGGCACACUAUGAAUGUAAUGAAAGUGGGAAUAACUUCAGCAGUAUCUCAUCUCUCACUCAAUCUCAGAGAACUGCUACAGAACAGACUAGUUUUGCAAGCAAUAAGUGUGAAGAAAACUUGAGCCAGAGCUCAGCCCAUAUAGUACAAAAAAAGACACAAACUAGAGAUGAAUUUUGUGUGUAUAAUGGAUGUAUAAAUACCUUCUACCAGAAAUUAGACCUUAUAGUAUGUCAGAGAACUCACACAGAAGAGGAAUUGUACCAGCAGAAGUCAUUUGAAUGUAAUGAAUGCAAGAAAUCCUUUUACCAGAAAGUACAACUCAUUCAUCAUCAGAGGACCCAUCCAGGGGAGAGACCUGAGGAAUGUGGGGAAUCUUUUUGUUCAAAUUCACACCCUGUUCAUUAUCCUGGAACUGAUAUAGGGGUCAGUCUCUAUGAAUGUAGUAAAUGUGAGAAAACUUUCUGUCAGAAGUUAAACCUCAGUGAAAAUCGGACAGUUCACACAAAGGAGAAACCUUAUGAUAAUAGUGGAUGUGGGAAAUCUUACAAGAAGUCUGCUCUCGUAGUAUGCCAAAGAACACACACAGGGAUGAAGCUCUGUCAAAGUAAUGUAUAUGGAAAAACAUUCUCCAAGAUGUCACAUAUCAGAGAACAUCAGAGAAUUCACACAAGGGAGAAAUCCUACAAAUGUAUUGAAUGUGGCAAAGCUUUCUCUAAGACAUCACAUCUCAGAACACAUCAGAGAAUUCACACAGGUGAAAAACCCUACAAAUGUGUUGAAUGUGGGAAAACUUUCUCUAAUAAGACACACCUUAGUGCACAUCAGAGAAUUCAUACCGGGGAGAAACCCUAUGAAUGUAAUGGAUGUGGGAAAACUUUUGCUGAUAAUUCAACCCUCAGAGCACAUCAAAGAAUUCACACAGGGGAGAAACCCUAUGAGUGUAAUGAAUGUGGGAGGCCUUUUACCCAUAUAUCUGUUCUCAGAGCACAUCAGAGAAUUCAUACCGGUGAGAAACCCUAUGAAUGUAAUGACUGUGGGAGAUCUUUUGCCCAUAAUUCAGCCCUUAGAGCACAUCAGAGAAUUCACACAGGAGAAAAACCCUAUGAGUGUAGUGACUGUGAAAAAACUUUUGCCCAUAAUUCAGCUCUCAAAGUACAUCAGAGAAUUCACACAGGAGAGAAACCAUAUGAAUGUAAUGAAUGUGCAAAAACUUUUGCCCAUAAUUCAGCCCUCAGAGCACAUCAGAAAAUGCACACAGGGGAGAAACUCUAUGAAUGUAAUGAAUGUGGGAAAACUUUUUCACAGAAGACACACCUCAGUACACAUCAGAGAAUUCACACAGGUGAGAAACCUUAUGAAUGUAGUGAAUGUGGGAAAACCUUCUCUCAGAAAUCAUACCUCAGUGGACAUGAAAGAAUUCACAAAGGGGAAAAACCUUAUAAAUGUAAUGAAUGUGGGAAAACAUUUGUUUAUAAGGCAGCUCUCAUUGUCCAUCAAAGAAUUCACACAGGAGAGAAACCCUAUGAAUGUAAUGAAUGUGGGAAAACUUUCUCCCAAAGGACACACCUCUGUGCACAUCAGAGAAUCCACACAGGGGAGAAACCUUAUGAAUGCAAUGAAUGUGGGAAAACUUUUGCUGAUAAUUCAGCCCUCAGGAUACAUCAGAGAAUUCACACAGGGGAGAAACCCUAUGAGUGUAGUGAAUGUGGGAAAACUUUCUCCAAGACAUCACACCUCAGAGCACAUUUGAGGACUCAAACAGGGGAGAAACCCUAUGAAUGUAAUGAAUGUGGGAAAACUUUUUCCCAGAAGUCAUAUGUUACUGCACAUCAGAGAAUUCAUACAGGUGAGAAACCCUUUGAAUGUAAUAUAUGUGGGAAACCUUUUGCCCAUAAUUCAACUCUCAGAGUACAUCAGAGAAUUCACACAGGUGUAAAAUCCUAUGAAUGUAAUGAAUGUGGGAAGACUUUCUCCCAGAAGUCACACCUAAGUGCACACCAGAGAAUUCACACAGGGGAGAAACCCUAUGACUGUAAUGAAUGUGGGAAAGCUUUUGCACAAAAUUCAACUCUCCGAGUACACCAGAGAAUUCACACAGGAGAGAAACCCUAUGAAUGUAAUGAAUGCAGAAAAACUUUUGUCCGUAAGGCAGCUCUUAGAGUACAUCACACCAGAAUGCACACCAGAGAGGAAACCCUUACAUGUAGUGAAUUUGGGAAGUCCUAA